AUGGCACCAAAGGGAGAGAAGAAGCCUGCAGAGAAAAAGCCGGUGGAGGAGAAGAAAUCCGCGGUGGCGGAAAAGGCCCCGGUAGCUGAGAAAAAACCCAAGGCAGGGAAGAAGUUACCCAAGGAUAGCAGUGCAGUUGCCGGAGAUAAGAAGAAGAAGAAAUCCAAGAAGAGCGUUGAGACUUACAAGCUCUACAUUUUUAAGGUGCUGAAACAGGUUCAUCCUGACAUUGGGGUUUCCAGCAAAGCCAUGGGAAUUAUGAACAGUUUUAUUAAUGACAUUUUCGAGAAGCUAGCUCAGGAGGCGUCCCGUUUGGCUCGGUACAACAAAAAGCCCACAAUUACUUCGAGGGAAAUUCAGACUGCUGUGAGAUUGGUACUACCUGGGGAGUUGGCUAAGCACGCAGUGUCUGAGGGGACAAAGGCUGUGACCAAAUUUACUAGUUCUUAG